GGGGACCCGGCGCAGCAGCUGCUGGACCCCACCACGCUCCAGCAGACGGCGGAGUCCCACCUCCGCCCCAACCUCCUCCUGUACUCGGAGAACGUGCUGCGCUCCUGGGGCGAGGGCGUGGGCGCCGAGUGCUGCGAGACCACCUUCAUCGAGGAGCGCCCGCCUGCCCCCAGCCUCGCCAGCAGCGACAGCAAGAUCCACACCCUCUCCUACGAGGUGGAGGACGACGAGGACUUCCAGGAGCUGGAGAGCGACUACUCGAGCGACACCGAGAGCGAAGACGAUUUCCUCAUGAUGCCCCCCCGCGACCAUCUCGGCCUCAGCGUCUUCUCCAUGCUCUGCUGCUUUUGGCCCCUGGGCAUCGCUGCCUUUUACUUGUCCCACGAGACAACUUCCUCCUUUGACUGUUCGUCCUCGUUCGCCUCCGAAAUCGUUUCCAGCUCCACUUCACAGUCUGGCCAGUAUCCCUGA